GCUCAUAAAAGCUGUGAGUUUGAGGAGGUGGACAGUUAAGCACCAGGCAGUUCUGUAGCUUGGCAAGCAGAACGUCAAGAUGUUGAGAUUCAGCCGGCCUCUCCUACUCCUGCUCCUGUCCAUGUCAUGGGCCCAAACAGCACAUUUGCGGAGCCAGAUCAUCGGAGGCCAGGAAGCAGUACCCCACUCCAGACCCUACAUGGCAGCCCUCAAAAUGGACACGGGCUUUGGCUGCGGUGGGUUCCUGGUGGGCCCCCAGUGGGUAAUGACGGCUGCGCACUGCAUGAGUGAGAUGACCGUGGUUUUGGGGGCACACGACCGCUCUGCCAUCGAGGACACUCAACAAGUGAUUGGCGUUGAGUCGUACUACAAGCACCCGGAAUAUAAUGGUGCAACGGUCGCAAAUGAUAUCCUUCUGCUGAAGCUGGCCCACAAGGCUACUCUGAACAAAUACGUCCAGAUGAUUCCCCUGCCAACAUCUAGCAGCGACCUCCCCGAGGGGACACCCUGCAGCCUUGCAGGGUGGGGCCUGAUUGAUGACAGCCAGGACACGGAGAGGCUCUUUGAGACCAACGUCACCAUCUACAGCCGCCGAAAGUGCAUGAAGGUCUACUCACAACUCGACGAUGGAAUGAUCUGCGCAGGCAGCCACAACGAGCUUCGGGAUACAAGCCAGGGUGAUUCCGGAGGCCCCAUGGUGUGCAAUGGCGUGGUACAAGGAAUCGUCUCAUUUGGUAAUGCGUACCCUCCUGGAGUUUACUCUCGCAUCGGCCAUUUCCUUCCCUGGAUCAAGAAAAUCAUGGAUUCCUGAAGGGAAGAAGCAACAGGCAGCAGCAGCAGCACCCUUUGCUCUAUUAAAAAAAAACCUUCUGCAUGCUUAAUAACCUGUACAGCUUUCAUUCUGCAUUCCCACACACCCGCAACCUAUUGAAGCAUGUGGGGUCUUCAAUUUGCAAAUGUAUUUAUGUGAUUUGCCUCUUCAUAGAGCGGCAGUUCCCAGAGAAGUUGAACAGUUGACCCAUCUCUCCAGGAAUUCUGGGAAGCGUAGUUCUAUGGGGGGAGGCGGAAACUGCAGUUCCCAUGAUUCUUUGGGAGGAAGCCAUCCUGGCUGUCUAAAGCAGUAUAAUACUUGAGAUCCCAGUGCACAGUAGUGUAUGAUUUCAGCGGAUCUGCCCCAAGUCCACUUUGGUUGGUUAUAUCCCUAAGGGGGAAGGAUAGCAAAAUGGGGAGUGGAAAAGAAGUUGGGAGGGAGGGUGAAAACUGGAAUCAGCCCCUUGUUCUGUUGCAUUCUCUCAAACGUAUAUUACCCAGUAAAGCAAAAUGGCUGAGCAUUAA